AUGGAGGCAGCUGCGCGUAUCGAAGAAACUGGAGUAAAGCUCAAGGACAAAAUGGCACCGUGCGAAACUUGUAUAAUUCAGAAGAGUACCCAAAAGAAACACCCUAAAACGGCACAGCAUACUGCUGUUCAGCCUUGUCAGCGGGUGUAUACGGAUCUUCUGGGGCCAAUUUCGCCACCUGCAAAGGGCGGAUACAACUAUGUGAGCAAAUUCACGGACGAAUAUUCAAGGAUGAAUAUUGUGUAUUUGAUACGGUCCAAAGACGAGGCUAUCAACACACUGGAUAGAUUUAUCCAAGACAUCGUCAUACCGAAUGGUUUUCGGCUGGAGCGACUCCGCAGCGAUAAUGGAGGUGAAUACACAUCAGAGUACUACAGGGACUUCUGCAAAACCAUCGGAAUUGUUCAAGAAUUUACGGCACCGGCUACACCACAACAAAAUGGCAUCAGUGAACGUGCUGGACGAACGCUCAUGAACAUCGUUAGAUGUUUGAUGCACGGAGGAAAACUGCCGGAGUUUUUAUGGGGCGAGCUAUGUUGCACGACGGUACACAUCACGAACCGGCUACCGCAUGUGCAUCUCAACAAUGAGACGCCCUACUACCGGAUGUUCGGGAAACAAGCUUCGCUUCGACAUCUGCGGGUCAUCGGCUCAACGGCGUUUGUGCACCUGGAGACGUACAAGUCUAAGCUCGCGAAUCGUGCUUGGCCGGGGAUCCUGAUAGGGUAUAGCCCCGACAGCCGAGCAUAUCGGGUUUUCAAUCCGCGCACAAAGCGGAUAGUGCACAGCCGGAAUGUUACAUUCAUCGAACCGAUGGAUGCGGCCAUGCCGCCGGUUAUUCCAACACCGGCGGAAUUGCGCAACGACACGGAAAACGAAUUAUCUGUUUCCUCGGAUGUCAAUCAAGACCAAUACAUAAGGAUCAAGACGCCAUCAGCUGGAGAACCUGUACGGCCGCCAGCAUGUAUACCUAUACCAACUACAUAUCAAGAAGCCAUGAGGUCAAUGGACGCUGAUCAAUGGAAAGCAGCUAUGGACAAGGAAAUAAGGAGCCUAAAAGAUCAUGAUGUGGCGGAUCUAGUCCCAGUUCAGAGGCUACCCCCUGGAGCUAAGCCUAUUGGAUCAAGAUGGUUGUACAAGAUGAAAGCAACUGGAGUAAUGAAGGCAAGACUCAUCGUACAAGGCUGGGGACAACGACAUGGCAUCGACUGUGGAGGAACUUAUGGACCUGUGAGUCGAUUCAGUUCGCAACUAGUAUUUAUGGCGAUUGCAGCGGAGAGAGGAUACGAUGUGGAAACCAUGGACGUGGUAACUGCAUUUCUUCAAAGCAAAGUGGAAGAAGAAGUGUACGUUCGUCAAGCCAAAGGAUACGAAAUAACGGAUGAAGUUACGGGACUACCACUGGUGAUGAAGCUCAAGAAAAGCUUAUACGGACUGAAGCAAAGCCCUCGGAACUUCGGCAACGCAUUUGCUAAAGGGAUUAAAGAAAUCGGGUCUACUGCUCUACUGAGUGACCCGUGCGACACCAAGUGUUGCUUGAAGAAGCAAUUAUCGGACAAGUUCAAGAUGACCGAUGGAGGACCGGCGGAACUACUACUAGGGAUGGAGAUUUCUCAACGUGACGGAGAAAUCACUGUGAGCCAACACAAAUAUGUGAUGAAUAUUCUGGACAAGUACCAGAUGGUGGAUUGCAAACCAGCAGCAACUCCAGGGAGCGGACCGGAAAUCGAACAAGAGCCGGAGAACGCUAUAUAUUUAAGCAAAGAGGACAAGAAACUCUACCAAGGAAUUGUUGGAAGUCUUCUCUUCCUGACUAACACAACGAGAUGGGAGAUUGGGUAUGCAGUGAUGAUCCUGUGCAGAGGGAUGAACAAGCCUACUAAUCUAUNAAGCCUACUAAUCUACACAUGGUCGGAGCGAAGAGAGUGCUGAGAUACCUUCGAGGAUGUCCGGAUAUGCCAUUGAAGUUCAGGAGAGGACAAUGGGACCUGAAGUGCUACUGUGACGCGAGCUUCGCUGGAUCGAGCGAGAGACUUCAGAAGCGUUCCUCUACUGGAUACAUCUUCAUACUGGCGGGAGGCGUCAUCAGUGCAGCAUCAAUACUGCAGAAGCUAACAGCUCAGUCAAGCAUACAUGCGGAGAUCAUUGCAAUGGCUACAGCAGCUAGGGAAGCCAUCUAUCUGCAAGGUGUACUNUUCAACCCAUGCUUGAAGUUGGUGCAUUUAGAAGAGUAUUUGAGCAAGGAGUUUGUGGAUGCAAUGGAACAAGAAGAAGCACGUGUAGCUAGAGAUCUCGUGAGAAAGCUGGAUAUAACUCAGGAGACCAAUCUCACCGCAUUGGUGAACAAUCUACCUGAGAGACACAUAGGAUCGGUACUGUACACUGGACCACGGUUUGGAACUAUUGAGAAAAUUUGGGUAGAACGCAUGGUUAAGACAGGAGGUCAAAUACCUGAAUACCUAACUAUUNGUUCAACCCAUGCUUGAAGUUGGUGCAUUUAGAAGAGUAUUUGAGCAAGGAGUUUGUGGAUGCAAUGGAACAAGAAGAAGCACGUGUAGCUAGAGAUCUCGUGAGAAAGCUGGAUAUAACUCAGGAGACCAAUCUCACCGCAUUGGUGAACAAUCUACCUGAGAGACACAUAGGAUCGGUACUGUACACUGGACCACGGUUUGGAACUAUUCAGAAAUUUGGGUAGAAGGCAUGGUUGAGACAGGAGGUCAAAUACCUGAAUAUCUAACUAUACGGGCUAUUCAUGAAUCACUGCUGGAUAGGUGCAAACGGGAAGGUGCUUACUACAAUCAUCGCAUUGUGAUCAAAGAAGUAAGAAGUAACGUAAAACCGGAGAUCGACUGCCUGAUGCAAGAUUUGAGUGAACGUGGCAGAGAAAGUAUCGAGGACACUAUGAUUGCUAUCGAACAAGAGUCGAAAGAAAAUUCGAAAAGAGCGUGCGAGAAUGUGGUCGAAGAUAAUCUUGGCAAACUACAAUCAAGCGUGAUCAGUGUGGUGAAGAACAACAAAUCGUUUCAGAACCACAUAAUCAAACGUGUUAUGCUCAGAUUGAAGAAGAUAGGGAUGGAUUAAGAGUAGUAACUUAUGGACGAUUAUUUUUGAGCAGGAUAGCAACUAAGCAGGCAGUUGUUGAAGCACGAGUAACGCGCGUACCGUUAUACGAUUUAUGGGGGCGUGUAUAAUGCAGGAGUACAUGAGGAUAUGUACGUAAAACUUAUUCUACUUGCAGGAUUCGUGCAGUAGAUUUAGAACAACGAUGAGGUUGUUGAAGCAUACGUGACAUUGCGUCCAUCAUGGGGGCGUGUUGAAAUACAGCGCAUUACUGCUGUAGGAUGUGUGUAGUAGCAUAGAUGCAGCUGUAUGAUUGCUGUACGCAAUGGGCGUCUCGACACUACACAUUUCUACAGGAGCGUGAUCGUCGAUGUUGUGUCGGAGUCGGAGUCUGAGAGUGGUCUGUCCGACGAGCUGAACGGGGAGGAUGACGAUGAGAUGUGAUAAAGAAUCCGCGAUGGAUGAAGGCAGAUGUAUUUGGAAUCAACACGAAAAAAAAAACGUCGUUUGAAACAACGCAACACCACCCAAAAGGCACUGCACCCGCUCUCGACCUUUCCUCCCCUGCACGAGGUCGAAGAGGUAUUGCGCAGCACGUGUAUAAGCCAGAGCUACUGAUGGCGCAGUAACGAUGGAAAGAGCUGCAGUACCGCCGGCGGUACAGCCUUUGCGCCGUGACACAAAUGUAGGCGAUGACGAAAGAAACGCCGAACGAAGUUGAUGAAUGAUGGCAGAUAUAAUUUGUUAUUCAACACGAAAAAAUAAGUUGAUUUGACACAACACAACAUCAAAAAGAAACUGCCCACGCUUGCAACCUUUCCUCGCCUGCCGGAGGCCGAAGAGGUACUGCGCAGCAAGUACGUAAGCCAGAGCUACUGAUGGCGCAGCAACGACAGAAAGAGCUAUAGUAGCGCCGGCGGUACUACAACCUUUGUGCCGUGGCACAAACAUCAUUUCACCGAAAAAAUGCAGCAGCAGCAGCAGCAGCAACAACAACUCUCGCACAUCAUCCCAGCCACCGCGCUCGCUUUGCCUCCGCCCGCGCCCACGAUCCUAAGACGACUGCCUAACACCCCGCCCCCUAUCAGCUUGUGCUACUACCUGGCGUAGCUCUCGCUGCCUGCUUGCUUCAACUUUUUCUGCUGCUGCUACUUCUUUUUCUUCUGUACUCUCUCCGCCUUUCUCUUUGCCGCGUUCGCCUUGUUCUUUUGUACGCGGGCGGCGUCAGCUUUCGCCGUUGCGGCGUCGCGGCUCCGUGUCAACUCCUUGACGUCUGCCCUCCUCACCAGCCCGUCGAACCUUGCUUGCGACGCCCUGGCCUCCAUCGUCACACCAUGUUAUUCGACACAUAUCUCGUUUUGUCUCGAGAACUUUUGCUUUCGUUUUUUCCUCGAGUCCGGCGAUUUUUUCUUCCCAGACGUACCCAUGAGUACCCGAUGAGUACCCGAUCUAGGGAUUCGUUUUGCGCGACGAUGACGCAGUGGGUUCUAGCGUGGCUUUUUGCGUCACUUUGCUGAGAAGGAGAGCUACAAUUUAAUCGGUGGCGAUUUGCGUUGAAGUAGCUCACGUCAGUGGCAGCAGGCGAAAAGGGCCGAAAAUCACUUGUUUUAAGAGUGUUCGAUGGGUUAGAACCCGCCGAUUGAAAAACUGGCCGAUGAAUCCAUAGAUAUGUCCUGUUCACGGGUGUGUACUGAACCGCAAGAGCCAGCUCAUNUGUUGUUGUUGUUGUUGACUUCACAUUAAACCGUAUGCCAGUUGCUAAAUGCCAAAAUCUAGCAAAGACUCUCGGCCCGUGGUCACGAAAGUGCUGGAGCCAUCUGAGGAUCUAAAGUACACGCACACAUAUAACGAGAAAAAGGUAUCCAAGCUUGAUCUAGAGCCCGAACAGGUACACCUAAAAAUCCCUGCAGCACCGUGUGCAUGCCCAAAAACUGAACUGCACGUCCGUCCCACCGUUCGACUACAGUAGCAUCACCCCCUCCCUGUCCCACUCUAUACCAAAACGGAAGAUUGCCGACUACAGCAUAAUGCUGUCUGAAGUGCUGUCUG